CGUGCCCUCCGCCUACCCUUCUUUAUUUAUCUCCCUCUUCCCCGCCCCAAAUCUCGCCUCAUUUUCCCAAAAUAUCCCCCCUCCUAAAUUUAAUCCCCUCCCUCUCCCUCCCCCUCCCCAUUAUGAACGGCACCGUUUCGGCCCUCACUUCUCGGCGCCACAAACGAGCCGUCGCCCCCACCCCUACCGCCGCCAUGUCCAAAGCCCCCGUCCACGGCGGCAACAACAAGGCCUCCUUCAUGACGUGGACCCUGCAUGACGCCCUCCACGUCGCCAGGCACCACUGGAUACCUUGCUUCUUCGCACUGUGCCUCCUCUUCUUCAUGGGCGUCGAGUACACGCUCCGCAUGGUCCCCUCAUCGGCUCCGCCUUUCGAUAUCGGCUUCGUCUCCACGCGCUCCCUCCACCUCCUCCUCGCUUCCAGCCCUCAGCUCAAUACAUUGCUCGCCGGGCUUAACACGGUGUUUGUGGGGAUGCAGACGACGUACAUAUUGUGGACGUGGCUGAUUGAGGGCCGUCCUAGAGCCACCAUUGCCGCCCUUUUUAUGUUCACUUGCCGGGGAAUCCUUGGCUACUCCACCCAACUUCCAUUGCCUCAGGGAUUUUUGGGUUCGGGAGCAGACUUCCCGGUUGGGAAUGUAUCGUUUUUCUUGUUCUACUCGGGGCAUGUAGCAGGGUCGGUGAUUGCUUCCUUAGACAUGAGAAGAAAGCAGAGGUGGGAAUUGGCCUGGACAUUUGAUGCACUCAAUCUGUUGCAAGCUGUGAGAUUGUUAGGGACUAGAGGACACUAUACGAUAGACUUGGCAGUUGGGGUCGGGGCCGGUAUUCUAUUUGAUUCUCUGGCUGGUAAGUAUGAAGAAAGCAAGAGAUUAAGUUCAAAAGUAGCUUCAACUACUAGUAAUGGUGUCAAAGAGGCUUUGUUCCCAUAAGCAGUUAGUAUUGUUAGGAAUAUAAGUAUGUUCUUAAUGUAGUAUAGUCCCAAUCCCAUGAAGCAGAUCGAGUAGUUGGGCGUUUAAAACUGUACAGACUCAGAGAGCUCUUAAUGAAACUAUGGGUUGUGAC